GCGCCACACUUCUCUAGGUGGCCGGACGCGCGCCCAGGGAGGAGCUGGCGGCGGGGCCCAGGCUGUUCCGGCUGCGGCACGUCAGGGGAUGUGGUUAGCCCUGAGCCUGGAGGCCGAAGGUGGGCAGGCAACACUCCCACCGUGUUUCGGAGGAGAAUACACUAGGCUAGCCUAACGACACUCGGAGUGCGAGCUGCGGCUGGGGUAGGGGCACCCCCUUCCAGCGGGCGCGUGGGUCACCAAGGAGCAGUUCCCCGGGACCCGUUGCGUCCGAGGGACUGGGCGGGGCUGGGCGGGGCAGGACGGGGGCGGCGCUCAGGAGCCCUGGAACCCGCUGGCCCUGAGGCCACGGACCGAGGCGUGGUGCUGAGCCCCUGCGCGGUUUCUGGUGCGUAGAGACUGGAAAUCGCUGCGCUUCUCAGUCAUCAUCAUCCCAGCUUUUCCCGGCUCGAAUUCAGCCUCCAACUGAAGCUCGCGGGAAAGACUACCUGAGAGGAGAAAAGCUUCUGUCCCUGGACCUUCUUCUGAGGGUGGUGAGGUUUGUUUAGGGUCGCAGAAGCAGGGAGGACUGACUCAGCCCUCACAGAGAAGAGGGCUGGAAAGUCCUGGGGAACUCGCAGGGCACGGGCCGCUGUCGCGGUUGGGAGGCGAGGGCGCAGCGCUGGGGUUGUAGAUUCCAAGACCCCUGAGGGUGGCUGUGUUGGUUUCUCCCAGGAGUCGGAGGCUCCCUGCUCUCCAGCCGCCCAGUGACCCAAGCUUAAUCUUCAGCACCACUUGGGGCGACCUUAUCGGUGCAAACCUACGAUUCUGUUUCUCAGGAUUCCUCCCCAUCCCGCUUCGCCCCGGAAAAGCUGACAAGAACUUCAGGUGUAAGCCCUGAGUAGUGAGGCUCUGCGGUCUCCGUGGAGAGCUGUGCCUGGAAGAGAAGGACGCUGGUGGGAGCUGAGAUCAGAGCUGUCUUCUGGCCCAGUGGCCCCCAUGCUUCUGUCAUGGCUAACAGUUCUAGGGGCUGGAAUGGUCGUCCUGCACUUCGUGCAGAAACUCCUGUUCCCUUACUUUUGGGUUGAUUUCUGGUUCGUGUUGAAGGUGGUGCUCAUUAUAAUUCGGCUGAAGAAGUACGAAAAGAGAGGGGAGCUGGUGACUGUGCUGGAUAAAUUCUUGAGUCAUGCCAAAAGACAACCUCGGAAACCUUUCAUCAUCUAUGAGGGAGACAUCUACACCUAUCAGGAUGUAGACAAAAGGAGCAGCAGAGUGGCCCAUGUCUUCCUGAACCAUUCCUCUCUGAAAAGGGGGGACACGGUGGCUCUGCUGAUGAGCAAUGAGCCGGACUUCGUUCACGUGUGGUUCGGCCUCGCCAAGCUGGGCUGCGUGGUGGCCUUUCUCAACACCAACAUUCGCUCCAACUCCCUCCUGAAUUGCAUCCGCGCCUGUGGGCCCAGAGCCCUAGUGGUGGGCGCAGAUUUGCUUGGAACGGUAGAAGAAAUCCUUCCAAGCCUCUCAGAAAAUAUCAGUGUUUGGGGGAUGAAAGACUCUGUUCCACAAGGUGUAAUUUCACUCAAAGAAAAACUGAGCACCUCACCUGAUGAGCCCGUGCCACGCAGCCACCAUGUUGUCUCACUCCUCAAGUCUACUUGUCUUUACAUUUUUACCUCUGGAACAACAGGUCUACCAAAAGCAGCUGUGAUUAGUCAGCUGCAGGUUUUAAGGGGUUCUGCUGUCCUGUGGGCUUUUGGUUGUACUGCUCAUGACAUUGUUUAUAUAACCCUUCCUCUGUAUCAUAGUUCAGCAGCUAUCCUGGGAAUUUCUGGAUGUGUUGAGUUGGGUGCCACUUGUGUGUUAAAGAAGAAAUUUUCAGCAAGCCAGUUUUGGAGUGACUGCAAGAAGUAUGAUGUGACUGUGUUUCAGUAUAUUGGAGAACUUUGUCGCUACCUUUGCAAACAAUCUAAGAGAGAAGGAGAAAAGGAUCAUAAGGUGCGUUUGGCAAUUGGAAAUGGCAUACGGAGUGAUGUAUGGAGAGAAUUUUUAGACAGAUUUGGAAAUAUAAAGGUGUGUGAACUUUAUGCAGCUACCGAAUCAAGCAUAUCUUUCAUGAACUACACUGGGAAAAUUGGAGCAAUUGGGAGAACAAAUUUGUUUUACAAACUUCUUUCCACUUUUGACUUAAUAAAGUAUGACUUUCAGAAAGAUGAACCCAUGAGAAAUGAACAGGGUUGGUGUAUUCAUGUGAAAAAAGGAGAACCUGGACUUCUCAUUUCUCGAGUGAAUGCAAAAAAUCCCUUCUUUGGCUAUGCUGGGCCUUACAAGCACACAAAAGACAAAUUGCUUUGUGAUGUUUUUAAGAAGGGAGAUGUUUACCUUAACACUGGAGACUUAAUAGUCCAGGAUCAGGACAAUUUCCUUUAUUUUUGGGACCGUACUGGAGACACUUUCAGAUGGAAAGGAGAAAAUGUCGCAACCACUGAGGUUGCUGAUGUUAUUGGAAUGUUGGAUUUCAUACAGGAAGCAAACGUCUAUGGUGUGGCUAUAUCAGGUUAUGAAGGAAGAGCAGGAAUGGCUUCUAUUAUUUUAAAACCAAAUACAUCUUUAGAUUUGGAAAAAGUUUAUGAACAAGUUGUAACGUUUUUACCAGCUUAUGCUUGUCCACGAUUUUUAAGAAUUCAGGAAAAAAUGGAAGCAACAGGAACAUUCAAACUAUUGAAGCAUCAGUUGGUGGAAGAUGGAUUUAAUCCACUGAAAAUUUCUGAACCACUUUACUUCAUGGAUAACUUGAAAAAGUCUUAUGUUCUACUGACCAGGGAACUUUAUGAUCAAAUAAUGUUAGGGGAGAUAAAACUUUAAGAUUUUUAUAUCUAGAACUUUCAUAUGCUUUCUUAGGAAGAGUGAGAGGAGGGUAUAUGAUUCUUUAUGAAAUGGGGAAAGGGAGCUAACAUUAAUUAUGCAUGUACUAUAUUUCCUUAAUAUGAGAGAUAAUUUUUUAAUUGCAUAAGAAUUUUAAUUUCUUUUAAUUGAUAUAAACAUUAGUUGAUUAUUCUUUUUAUCUAUUUGGAGAUUCAGUGCAUAACUAAGUAUUUUCCUUAAUAUUAAAGAUUUUAAAUAAUAAAUAGUGGCUAGCGGUUUGGACAAUCACUAAAAAUGUACUUUCUAAUAAGUAAAAUUUCUAAUUUUGAAUAAAAGAUUAAAUUUUACUGAAA